AUGACUGAUUCUGCUUGGAAUGAAUUUAUAAAAUAUCCACCAACAACACCAAAAGAGCAUCCAGUUGCCAAAUGUAUUCACUGUAAUCAUAAACUAUCAGGCCAAGCACAACGUCUUCGUGUACACUUAGAUUCUUGUCAAAAAUAUUCAAGUUUUUUAAAUUCAAAUCAAAAUGAAUUUAAUUUAUUAUCUGGCACUAUUACUCAAAAAGACCCUAACUUACCACUUGAUCCUUUCUUGUUACGUCAAUUAAACCCUAUUGAAAAACAAACAAUUGACAAAAAAAUUGCAUGCACAUUUUAUGCAAAUGGUAUUCCACAUGCAUUAAUUGAAAAUGAUUUUGUUAUCGCAGCUUUAAAAUCACUUCAUCCUACUUAUAAUCCACCAUCCCGCUGUAAAAUUACUAAUUAUUUUAAUUCCCAUCAAGUAGUAAAAGCAUAUCUUCAUGAAACUCAAAAACAAGAAAUGAAUAAAACUGUCGCAUUAGUAAAUCCUGUAAAAACAAGAUGGGGAACUCAAUUGGCAUUACUUGAAAAAUUAUUAGAGUCAAAAAGCA